AUGUCGCAGAUGGUGCCGCCCGAGCCGCCGCGGGCAGAGUGGAGUCGCAUCGUGGCGGCUGCAGCCCAAACGACGAAUGCGUGCUUGACUGGCCGCCUCGACGAGUUCCUUGGCCGGGGCCCGGCGAGGUUCCUGCCCGUGCUCCAGGAGGUUGCCGGGCGCUGUCGCGCAGAGAAAUGUUUCGGGGAGGGCGAGGACGGCGCCCCCCGCCCCAAGCAGCAGUUUCUGGACAAGACGGCGGCGGCGCUGGAGUGCCAGCAGGGCGCGGAGAAGAUCGCCCGAGAAUCUGCCAUGCUGUUCCAGGGGGGGUCAUGGUCUAUCUUGUGGUCGCUUUACAAGCGCGAGGGCGACCGCCGCCCCGGCGACUGCGCCGAGGAUCUCGGGGGCUCGGGCGCUGAUAAUUUCCAGCGUAUGAUGUAUCUGCAGGCGCGGCUUCUCGAAGGCAGGCCGCUCUGCAAGUGCGUGCUGCUGUGGUCUAGGCGGGGCCGCAAUGGCAGGGGCAUCUGCGGGGGGGUCUUCCAGGCUGUCUGGGGAGAGCACCGCGAUCCUGUCCGAGCCGCAGUCUUCACUGCGGACGAGCGUUCCGAACGCGAACACAACGCGGCGGAUGCUUUUCGUCGCGGAGUCCGCGUAGCUUUUGGCAACGAGGUGCAUUCCUCGGCUUUGAGCAACGCUGUCUUCAAGAACAGGAACUCGACCGACCCCGGUGCCGUCCGCGCGUGCAACUCGGGCGAUACCGAGAAGAUGAAGCCCAUGUGCACUUGCAUUUCCGCAUGCAACGUCAUCCCGUCAUGGGGGCAGGUUCCUAAGGGCUCGGAGCGCGACCGCUUGCUGCCGAUGUGCAUGCCGAGCAAGUUUCGCGACACCUUCGACGCCCCCACGCCCCCGCGUUCCUGCCUCACGGACCGCGGGCUCGAGGUCAUCGGCGUCUUCGAGCGGGGGGCUCUCGCUGCGCGAACUGGCGGCGACCGGGGCGAUGGCCGCGGCGCUUUGCUCGAGGCGUGGAUGGCCGAGUGGGGCAGGGUGGGCGGCGACGUCGCUCGCGAGGGCGAGGUGGGCGUGGAGUCAUUCGCACUCGUCCAGGACAUCCACGCUCGCCUCUACUCGUCCAGGCCCCGCGCCCAGGUGGAGCAGACUAGGUGCGAACUGCCACUGGCCGCCCCGGAGACGGAGCGGUGGGCUACCCUCCUGGGCCACGUCCGCGCGUCAGGUCGCCUCGGUGCCAAUCUCUUCCAGAUCGGGGCCGCGAAGUCACGCGAGCAGAGAAUGCAGGCAUGCGUGGCCGUUCCCUCCUUCGACGCGUCGCUGUGCGACCAGCUGUUCGCGGACGCUGCCGCUUUCGGCGACCCCGCGGGGCAGGCGUGCAACGUCUCCCUCGACGCUUGCGUCCCCGCCGAGGAGGGGCUGUCUGCGCGCGUGGAUCUGCUGGGCCAAGCGGGCAAGGCCUGCGCUAUGAAGGGCGGCUUCCUCCGCCCGACCUCCGUGCCAGAGUGCCCAGACAUCCGCGCCCUUUGCCGCGAGUACUACCAGCUCAACAUGAUCGGCCGCGCGUGCGAGUCAGGCCCAGGGCUUCAGUCCUGCGCCGCGGGGACGCGAGUCGUCGCGUUCAACGGCCUGGCGGUGGGCGAGUUCGACGUGAUCGCGGCGUUCUAUCAGAUAUUCCUGGGGGCGCUGCGCCCGCGCGCUCCGGAUGGCGCCGUUGAGCGCGACUUCGGGGUCGUCAAGAUGCGCGCGGCCGCAGAGAUCUUCUCGCGGCUGACGUUCGAGGGCGGCAUUCAGCCCGAUGCGUCCUGGGAGAGCGAUCGCCCCGACGACAUUCUGCCGUGCCGGAUGGAGUUGAGGGGCGCUUUCAGGCGCGGCCAGGAGAUCCUGGCGGCUCAGUGCGACGAGCUCAAGAAGGCGAGGUUCUGGAAUUCGACCUCGCCGCUGGCCUGCCCGACCGCGCGCGGCUUCGGGGUUCGCCGCUGUCCAGCGGAGAGCCCAGCCGCGGCGGCGAGGGCCGUCAGUGGCGCGGGGACUUCCAGGAACCGCGAGGUUGCAUCCAUGGAGAAGGUGUUGCUGAAGGCGCAUCCAGGGCCCUCGGCACUGGCGCUGUGCCUGCAGACGAUGGAAGACAACAUCCUGGAGAGCAUGGCCGAUGCUGCCAAGGGGCUGAACGCGUGCGUCUUGAGUCUGGUGUUCGACGGCAUGUACGUGGCCAUGCCUUCCACGUCCGACAUCGAGGGAGUGUUCGACACGGUGGCCGACGAAGUCUGGAAGACACGCGGCGUCCGCAUUGUCUUGGAAACAGUAGGCGGCGAGACGAUCAAGGCAUUCUCGGCGAAACGCAACCGCCCGAGCGAUGAGGGCGAGGCUGAGGCAGCCCAGAAGAGGAUGAAGGUGUGCCACGUGGCCCAGGAGAUGGAAAAGUUGCUGGAUAUCGAUUCGGAUGCAGCGGCCAGCGGCGCGCCCGAGGUCGGCGGGCUGCCUUGCACGCAGGAGGAGCAGCGCGGUCGCGAACCGUGCGGCGGGCUGAUCGGCGCAGCGGCGGCCAGCGGGGCGACCGAGGGCGGCGGGCAGCUAGUCGCACGGGAGGAGCAACGCGACAUCGAGCCUGACACGCAGGGGCCGUCGAUGGAAGCUCUCUGCUCCCUCUUGCGGUUCUUGCACAGGCGGCCAGCGCGGCCAGCUGCGCUGGCCCCCCCGGGCUUCCUGCCCCGGCCCCCGCGCCGGCGCCGCCGCCGCGCCGCUGCCUGGAAGGGCCACGGCGGAGCUCUCGCGUGGAGGUCGGCGGCGGGGCCGACCAUGGAGGACGGUGACGCGGCCGCGGGGGUGCCGAGGGCCUCGCGGCCAGCCGCGCAGGAGCCAGCGGCGGCGGCGCUGGAGGUGACCGCGGUCGCCCAGGAGCAGUCCUUGGAGAGGCUGCACAUUCUGCCCUUUGUCGGGGCCUGCACCAGUCUCGGGGGCAGGAGCAGGAUCGAGUGCAUCGCGCCAGAGCUGCGCCGGAAGCGCGGCGCCGGGGAGGUCGUCCGGAGAGGGGACGUCGUCAGGCACGAGGGCUGCGAGUUCGUUGUCAUAAAGUGCGAGCCUGACCAGGGGCUGCUUCACCCCGGCACGGAUUAUUUCGUGGACGGGGACCCCGUGGUGUCGUUCUCGAAGAUCCAGUUUACCGCCUGGGGCUCCGACGAAGAGAUGACGUCCGAGAGGCUGUUCUCCGAGUUCAUCGUGGAGUACCUCAAGGGCGACUAUGCGCCCUACGGGACCCCGGGCUCGGGGUGCACGGCGGCGGACUGCCAUCAGACGUUCCAGAUCGGCGACACCUGCUUCCAGGUGGACGCCACGGAGCCCCCAGGCCUCGGGGUCGUGUCGAGCCAGACGGAGAUCUUCGCGAACUGGGACCGGACGCCCGAGCUCGAGAAGGUGCACAUCGUCCCGUUUCAGGACACUCUCCCACGGGCCUACGAUUUCGACGUCUUCCAAGACUACUUGAGGCCCUACCUGAGGAGACACGGCUGGAAAAAGUUCUCGACCGGUGACCUCUUCACGUGGCAGGGCGUCCAGUUCAAGGUGGUCGCCUGCCACCCGUCAGAUUCCACCGCCCGCAUCGGCAAGGGCACCACGAUCUUUCCAGGAGGGGGUCCUGCACCCGUCGAUGCGGAACCUGCUGCCCCCAGAGCUCCUGAGCCAGGUCUCGCAGCUGCCCCCGGGCCUGCAGAUGAUGCUCCUCCAGACAGAGACGACGCGGGAGAUGGAGGAGAUGAUGCACCAUCGCCGGGGCCUCUUCGAAGAGACCUUGAGCAGCGUCGAGAGACUGACGUGGCCGCCCAGCGAGCCCACGUCUCAGACCUCCUGCAUGAUCUGCCUCGGGGACUUCCAGGCGGAGGACGAGUGCCGGCGCUUGCCAUGCCGCAUCCCGAGGAGUGGCUCCGGCGCUGCACGGACUGCCCCAUCUGCAAGGACAAUGUGGACCGGGCGAUCCGCCAUUACUCACGGUGUGCAGUACUUUGUGGUUUCCGGUACGCGGCACAUGCUCUCCUCUGGCAGAUUGGCUCGUGCACCGACGUUGGAUUCAUUGGCAGCCUGUGCCUGCAAGGCCCGUUGGUCGUGCAUCUUGUGUAUGUCGUCUGCCACCGCUCCCAGUCGCUCGCGGAGCUCGCCAAGUCGCAGGCCGAGAUGGACAAGAUCCGCGCGGACGAGAAGGGCAUGGACGCCCCCGGGACCACCGUGCCGCGCCCUUCGCCCGUGCGAUACUGCGGGUGGUGCGCGGGACCCCUCGGGCGAGGGGUGUCGCUGGCCCUGGCCGAGGGCGGGUCCCUCCUGGAGGUCUGCGAGCUGUGCUACAUCAUCGGUUUGAUUCGGCAGGCGGCGUGGCGCGCCCGCCUCAGCGUGGAGGAGAGGGCGGCGCUGCUCGAUUCCGCUCGGCUCCUGGGCGCGCUGCUCUCCGCGCUCGCCGGCCUGGGGCUCGAUGGCGCCGAAGGUGCCGCCGCCUUCCCGCCUGUUGCCCCGGGCCUGGCGGCGGCCGAGGCGGUCGGCGGCGCCGCAGCGGCCGCGCCCGCGGGCGGCGGUGCCGGCGCGCCCGUGGCGCCUGGCCUGGCGGCGCUGCCCGGCCUGCCGGGCUUCGGAGGCGGCGGGGCUGCUGGGGCGCCCCCGGCGGGCGGCGCCGUGCCUGACGGCGGAGGUGCUCCCCCCGGCGGCGUGGGCGCCGCGCUGGUGGGCGCGCUCGCGGGCGGCGGCGGCGGCGGCCAUCCUGGAGGCCCUCCUCCUGGUGCGGUGCCUGGGGCCCCGGCGAUCCCUGGUGUGCCGAUCGCGGUGGCUGGCGGUCCCAUCGCCCCAGCGGGUGGCGCGCAGCUGGGACCACUCGUGGACGGUCCGCGGCGUCAGGCCGUGACUCUGAUUGGCGCCGACUGGCGCCGAGGGGUGAAUCUCGAGCUCCCGACCUUCGACGCAGCUGGAGGCAUCAGCGGGACGGCCCUCUUCGAGGUAGAGGAGAUCGGCACCACGGGCCCCUCAGGGCAGUACCUGAGCGCCCAGUUCAGGGGUGCGUCGCUGGCGGCCGAGGCGAUGCGGCUGGACGGCCUUUUCCCGCCGCGCGGGAGCGGGCCUGCGGGCCUCCUGCACUUGCGCGGGCAGGGACCGGCGCUGUGCGGGGACCCCGCUGUGCCAGGCCGAGGAGUCCUGCAUGUCGAGUGGCUGCGGCUGCGCUCGAACCGCUGGUUCGUGGAGCCGUGGGUGCGGCCGAGCGCCUUCGGCGGGCGCGGCGGCGGCGGCGCCUUGGCGGGGGGCGCCCCAGCCGGGGGCGCGGCCCCCGACCGCCUGGCGGCAGCUGCCGCGGCGCGCGCGCAGGCUGCUGCGGCGACGUGUGGCCGCGCUGGUGGCGGUCGCGGCCGCCGCCGCCCCCGGAGCUCCUCGGCCUCGCGCAGCGACGACGACGGUGAGUCGCGUUUUCGCGAGGCCCCCUCCCGCGGCGGCAGCGUACGGCUGCUGGCGGAGAAGCGCCCAGGUGCCCUGUACGACGAGGCGAUGAAGAACAUCGGGCGCGUCAUGGGCCUGCGGGAGGGGGCGGACGGCUCAGAGGUUCGAGCGAAGGUCGUGGGCUACCUGCAGGCCGUGGUGUUCGGCCAUCACCCUCCAGGGCAGAUGCGGAUCAACGCUCAGCGGGAGCUGCAGACGCUGGCGACCGCGCUGGACCUGCUGGAGAGUGGGUGCCUGGCGGAGUUGAGCGACGUGUUGAUGCAGCGCUUCAAGGCUCUGGAGCUGUCGCUGUCCGACGCGAGCUGGCAGGUGGCGAGCGAGCUGGAGAUCGUGCCGGGCGCGCGGCCCUCGCUGGCCUCGAUGGGCGAGCAGGGUCUGGCGCGGCGGGCGGCACUGCUGCGCAGGAAGCUGAUGGGCGCGAAGAGCCGCGGCGGCCUCGGCGGCAAGGGCCAGGGCGAGCGCAGCGCGCUCAGGCAGCGCGGGCAGGUCGCCGUCUCCGGGGGCGCUGAGGACGCCUCGAGGCGACAGCCCGCACCCGAGGGCGGCGGACGGUGCCGAGGCGUGAGUCUCGCUGGCGACGAGCCCGGAGCGCCACGUCUUCAGGCAGGACCAGCCCGCGGCAGCGGCGGCAGCGGGCCUGCAGCAAGGUCCGCCGCGAGGCCCGGCCCCCCCGAGCGGCCGCCGCCGUGGCGGCAGGAAGCGCCGGGGCCGGGGCCAAGGCGGCCUUCCUGCGACGCUGAGGUGAGGCAGCGAGCUGAUGGUGCCAGCGCUGAUGAUGCGCGUGCGAGCGCGACCGAGUUUGCCGAGGUUGCCCGCUCGCGCAGACCGCCCUGGACUUCACCGUCGCGCUCGCCGCCUCCGAGAUUGGCUCCUGACCGUGGUGGUGCUGCCGCCUCUCGCCGCCCAGCGUCCUCGUCGUGCCCGCCGGCCUGCGGUGCGGACGCCGACUGUUACGGUGAUCCGCUGGCAGAGUGGCGCGAGUGGGCUGGCGCGGCGAGUGAUCUUCUGCGAGAGCCUUUUGACGUGGGCCCCGUGUUGUUGAACAUAGUCCGCCAGUUCCCAGGCUCCUUCGGUCGCUUCACUAGAUAUUCCCUCGAGGUAAAGCCACGCGAGCAUCCGGCCGACAUGGGAGGUCGGCUUCAGCGAGAUCUGUCGCCGUUACCAUACCCUUCGAUCAACAGGUCCCAGAUCGUCCGUCAGGGCGAGGACCCUUUGAGCGACAAGGAGUGGGAAGGACUACACUGCAGGCUGGUGGUCACUGUCCUGGCGCUAAACUGGGAGUCUGGGUUCCGCUCCCUGAAGCUGGCCAGGCCCUGCCGAGGUCGAGCCAACGCCGCGCAGCAGGCAGCCCUGGUCGCUCUCGGCCGCCGCCUCUUGGCCACGCGGGCCGAGUCUGCUCUACCGCCAGAUCUUGACUGGAACGUGCGGCUGAAGGACCGCAAGAUCGGCUACGGCGGGGACGAGAUCUCGGCCCCGCAUCGGCUGACGCUGGAGCAGGUGCUGGACGGGCUGCCGCCGCCAGGCGUCGCGGCCUCCAUCGAGGCGGCCGACCUCGCGACGGGGUUCGUGCGUGAGGCCCUCCUGGACCCGACGUUGGUGCUGCUGCCCGCUGCCCUGCGGCGGCCGGCGCCGACAUCUGCGCGCGUGUGGGCCUCGCUCGAGGAGUGGCAUCGGAUCGUGCGGGCGCUCCACGAGCGCGGGAUGGUGUCGGCGAUCCCGAGCAGCGAGAUUGCCUGUCGCGACGGAGCCCCGUUCCUGAACGGGGCGCUCGGGGUGCCCAAGCCCCGCGACGAGCCCGUGGUCUGCAGCGACGGCGAGCGCAGGCCGGUCCUGAGGCCGAUCACCAACCUUAUCCCCUCGAACGCGCGCCAGGAGUGCAUCGUGGGAGACACCCCUGAGAUGCCGACCAUGAGCCAGCUGAACGGCCUGGUGCUGACCGAGUCGGAGGAUCUCCUGUGGAGCGGCGCGGACAGGAAGGCCUUCUUCUACGUCUUCCGCGCGCCGCCUGCGUGGUGGCCUUGCAUGGUGAUAGGGCCGCCCGUCCCCUCGGAGUUGCUUGGCCUGAAGGACGGUGGGACUACGCACAUCUGCCUGCGGGUGAUCGGCAUGGGCUGGAUCAGCGCCGUGGGCGUGACGACCCACCUCCACCGGAACAUGCUGCGGCGGAGCGCCUCUGUCCCUCGCGGCCUGCCGCCCAGCCAGGAGAUCACUCGGCGCCGACGGCUGCCGUUCAGCGUGGAGAAGCCGCGCCCUCCGGCGUGGAUGGUCUACAUUGACAACCUGGAGGUCGCGGAGGUCGUGAGCAAGUCCGAGGCCGCGACGUUGCGAGGGACGGUGCCCGAGCUCAUUUCCGAGGCUCGUGCCUGCUAUGCGGCUGCGGGCUCCCCGGGGUCGCCGUCCAAGGACAUCCAUCGAGUGCCUCGAGCGACAACCUUGGGGGAGCUCAUCGACGGGGUCGAGGGCGUGCGGCGCCCCCCUGCGGGUUACCUUAUCGAGAUGGCCAGCCUCGCGCUGUGGACGCUGAGCAAGAAGCGGGCCAGCGUGCGGCUGGUGCGCAUCCUGCUGGGCCGCUGGGUUCGAGUUCACUGCUUCCGGCGGCCGCUGGCGGCCAGCUUUGCCUACGCCUGGAAGUGGCUCGGGAACCCGCGCACUGGCGGCCGCUUCAGCGUGAGCGUGGUCGAGGACCUCUUGAUGUGUCUUGCGCUGUCAGGGCUUUGCGUCGCUGACCUGCCCCUCGAGGUCGACCCCCUGGUGACCGCGUCGGAUGCCUCGGAGGCCGCUGGCGCCGUGGUCUACGGCUACGCCCUCUCCGACCGCGGGCGCGCGCUGGCCGAGAGGCGGCAGCGGCCCGCGAACGCCGCUUGCGAGGAGGAGACCGCCCUCGUGACUGUCUUCGACGGCAUCGGCGGUGGGCGCCGGGCUUUCGAGAUCCUCGGACUGGUCCCUGCCGUGCACCUGUCAUUCGAGGUUGACCCCACGGCGGUGCGGGUGGCCCGGCGCAGCUACCCCAGCACGCAGCACCUGGGGGACGUGACGGAGGCGGACCCGGUGGCCCUGGCAGCCCUGAUGCGCGCCCGAGGCCGGGUGUCGCGUGCGCUGGUGGUGGGCGGCUUCCCGUGCCAGGUCUUCGCGGGUCUUCACGUCGCUCGGCAGGGUCUCGACGACCCGCGCGCAGGCCUGGUUGACCACAUGGUGCGGAUCGUGGACGGGCUGCGGACGGCCAUGCCGGAGGCGUCGAUCGACUUCCUCGGAGAGAACGUCGCGUCGAUGCCCGAGUGCGACGUGCUGCGCCUGAACCAGCUCUUCGGCCGCAUCCCGCUGGAUAUUGAAGCGGGGGAUGUCGGCUGGGUCAGACGUCCGCGGCUCUACUGGGCUUCGUGGGACCUCCUGCCGUCCUUCGAGGCUGAGCCCGUCGUGGUGCGGGCGAAGACCCAGGACGUUCGGCGCGCCUGCAAGGUGGCGCUGAAGGCGGAGCGGCCGCCGCUCGAGGAGUGGCUCCCGCCCGGGGCUGUGUGUCCGGGUCCCGCCGCAGGGGAGCCGCUCCCGACCUUCGUGCGCUGGGCGCCGCGCUCGCAGCCGCGCCCCAGGCCUGCGGGCAUUGGGGAGUGCAGCGCUGCUGAGCUGGCGCGCUGGGAGGCGGCGGGCUUCGCUUCGCCGCCCUACCAGUUUCGUGACAAGUGGUGCAUCCACCAGGCGGAUGGCCGCGUGGAGCCGCCUGACGCGACCAUACGAGAGAAGCUGAUGGGCUUCCCGGAGGGCCACACCGUGCCGUGCAUGACGAGCAGCCAGGCGAAGGCCGAGCCCGCCAAGUACGAGGUCGUGGCCUGGAUCAUCAGCCACUGGGCCGUCGGAGCUGGGCUGCUGGUCUCGGUGCCCUCGCUGGGUGAGCUGCACGAGAGUGCGCGAGCCUGGGCUGGUGGCAGGAAGCUGUGGGCCGGCGACGUGACGUCGCUGCGGUGCGGUCGCUCCGAGAUCGACGAGGGCUUGCACGCCAAGCUGGACCAGCCUGGCGGGCCCAUCUUCGUGGGUCGUGGGUCUCGCCGCUGGGGGCUGGCUGCCUCGCGGUGGGGCAACCCUUUCACGAUCAGCCCCGAGCGGUCACGCGAGGACGCUGCUGCCCUGUUCGCUGGUUGGAUCCGCACGCAGCCCACCCUCCUGCAGAGCUUGGAGACGCUGCGCGGGGCCCUACUGGUCUGUCACUGUGGGCCCGACCAGGCGUGCCAUGCCGACAUCCUCUUGGCGGAGUUGGCGAAGCGUGACGUGGUGGAGUGGCGCGAGCUGGACGCGUCCAGACGCAUCGUCAUGGGGCUCGUCAUGGCGUGCCACAACAACGGAGCAGACAUCAGGACCGAUGGCGCCUCGGAGGCGCUCGGCAAGAUCUUCCCGCGGCAGGAGAUCGACUCAGGCAUUUGGCGGUGGCGCAAGGCAAGGCAGCUAGUGUGGGAUGCAGCAGAGCACAUCAACGUUCUUGAGUGCCAGGGCGCGCUGAUGAUGAUUCGAUGGCGGGCGCGGUCGGUGCGCCGCCAUCAGUGCGUCUUCCUGCACCUGCUCGACAGCAUGGUCAACAUCGGUGCGCUGUCCAAGCACCGUUCCAGCAGUCCUCAGCUCAACAAGGUGGUGCGGACCUUCUCGGCGUGGGAGCUUGCGAUGGGCGCGCGGGCGGUCUUCGGCUUCACGUCGUCGGCUCGCAACCCCGCGGACGCCCCCUCGCGUCUCCGCGAUGGAGCUGGACUGGGGAAGCUGAGAGACGCCAGGAUAAAGGCCUCGACACUGGCCCGCUACCGUGGCGCCGCUCAGCGUUAUGUUGACUACCUUGCUGCCAAUAACCUGCCGCUGCCUUUGGCCUGGGACGAUAUUGAUAUCUGCUUGCAAGAUUAUCUUGAGCACUUGUGGGCCGAGGGCGCCACAAAAGGAGAAGCCAAUGACACCCUCAGCGGCGUGCAGCACCUGCUGAGGACACGACGCCGCUAUCCUGGCGCUUGGCAGCUGCUGACAGUCUGGGGCAGACUGGAGAUCCCCCAGCGCGCGCCGCCGAUGCCUGCCCAGGUAGCCUUCGCAGCCGUGCUGCUCGUGGCCUUCCAUCUUUGUCUCCGCACUGGCGAGGCGUUGGGGCUGAGCGGCGGCGUCAUCUUUCUGAAGCCCUGUGGCCGAGGCGUGGUGUCGUUGCCCUGGACCAAGACCUCUUGCCAGAAGGGCGCGCGGGAACAAGUCACGCUUGACGACCCGCUGGUUGGGGCAGUCGUCCAUAUGCAGCUCCAGCGUGACAGCCGGCUCUGGCCUGGCACGACGCGCGCCUUUCACGAUUUGUUCCGUACUGGGCUCCAGCAGAUCGGUUGCAGGCACCUCGCCCUGUCUCCUUGCAGCCUGAGGCGCGGAGGCGCCACGCAUGAGUUCCUGCUGUCGGGCGACUUGUCUAAGGUCAUGUUGCGUGGGCGCUGGAGCUCGGCAAGAACGGCAAAGAUAUGCAUCCAAGACGGGGCUGCCAUCAUCGCAGAGAUCUCCAGGAUCGUACCCGCUCGACGCUCCAGCAGUUCUCUAAUGCACUUUUCGCUCGAGUCCGAGCGUUUUGCAGCCCGUGACCUGCUGCAAUAA